AUUGGUUGUUGAAAAAAAUAGUAACAGUAUGAUAAAGUUCAAGUACCAUCCAAAUACCAUGUCAAAAACUAUUACAAAUUGUGGUAGAAAUAUCGUACAAGCGUGGUAGUUCCUACCAUGCGGUGACAAUGCUGCCAACUUGUUACCACCACACAACCACCUGUGCGAACCGUUGCAGAGCGAGCGCGCGCGAGCCGCGGCGCCCGCGGCGGGCUACGGGGCUGCGUCGGUUGUUGUGUGUUGCAGUGGGAGAGGGAAGAGUCGUCAUUUGCGGUGAGUUGAAAGCUGUAUAUGAUAUUUUAGAAGUUGUUGGACUUAAAAUUUGCUGUGCACUGUGUAUGAGCAUCUUUGUUCUGAAGGUUCAUCACGCAGCUCCAGCUCUGGACUGCCCAACUACUAUCCAGUGGUCGUCGAUGAUCUGGUUACUAUCGGAGAGAAAACUCAACAUGCCCCGACAUGGCGACGUCGACAGGGAUCAGCGCGCCGCCCUCGUGAAGGAGACGCUGCCGGCGAGGCGUUCCGAAAUUCUGGGAGGACCCGGAAAGAAUCCCCAGAAUAUCACAAGCCUCAAGAAAAGGUUCCCGUUCAUGUUUGGUGCAGAGGAGCUCUGGAAGGAGAUGGAGCUGCUGCUGUCAGGACAAGUUGGCCUGAGGGAGAAGUUCAGCGAAGGUCUGAAAACGUGACUAGCGGGCAUCAUGGCCCAAACGGAAUGCAGACGCGGUAUGUGUACAUUUGCUAACUAAACCCCCGCCAGUGUAGGGGGUUGCACCCCCCCCCCGGUUUUGCGCUAAUAACUCGCGAACGAAUGACUUGUCAUUCUAAAAAAGUUUUUUUUUUUCGCGAAUGACCUUCCGUAGCAUGUCGACGCCUGUAACUUGCAAAGUUCCAUCUUUGUUUUGCUGGUGAUAUGCAUAUGGAUAGGUGUUACCAACUGACAUCCAGACAUGUUCGUGGCUUCAACGACGGCUUCCACAUAUCCUUAACAAUGACGGCACGUUUUGAAUAAAACGACCUUUCUACUUUGGCUCGCUGCUAAACCUCUUACCCUAAGUUGGAAGAGAGGGUGGAGAGAGACUCUCUCUCUCUCCCUCUCCCUCUCCCUCUCUCCUUCUCCCUCUCCCUCUCCCUCUCCCUCAUUCCCUCUCUCCCUCUCUCCCUCUCUCUCUCCCUCUCUCUCUUUCUGUCCCCUAUCUCCCUCCCCCAUCUCCCUCUCUCUCCCCUCCCUGCGCGCUCCCCUCCCUCCCCUCCCCUCCCUCCCUCUCUCCCCUCCCUGAGCCAUGCGCGCGCACGCAGGCGAUUUAAGCGUCAGGGGUUCAGAAGUGCCUCGUUCCUCGAUUGUAGUUCGUAUGUU